UAGAGAUAAUGAGACGUAAUUUAGACUUUAAUCGUGAGUUAGAACAUGUGCGAUUAACUUGAAGCAGCAAAAUGGCAUGCUGAGCAUUUCGCAGAGGUGUAUGUAAGAGCAGGAAACGACAACUCUGCGUGGAGAUUGCCAAAACUGGUGUGAAACAAUACCUUUACGUCGGAUCACUUAUGCGCUCGUCGAUUACACAGUCAAGUCAAUAAUUUGAGGAAAUAAUGAAAAUCAUCGCUGUUUUCUUCACUGUGAUCUGCGUGUUAGUUUUGGAAAUUCUUUGUCGAUUAUCAACAUAUCAAUCCCGAUAUCGCCCAGACUGCGAAUAUAAACAAUGCAUGAAGCCUAAUAGACAUCAUGUAAACUGUCCUCGAUGGGGGUCUUGUCAAUGGUACUGUCAAGCAAAGCUUGCUAACUGCACAGUUGGAACCAAAUAUCACUGUGCUCGAGACCAGCGUAACCUGACACAGUUUACAAAUGCUUGCGCUGUAGAAAUAUUUUGUUUGUCAGGCGAAGAACCUCAUUUAUCUGUUCAAGAAUCAACAGGUAAAGCAUCAGUGAAUUGUCGGCCAUGUUACAAGAACAACGUGUACAACAGUCGUCUCAACACUUCAUCGGCCACGUUCAGUGAAUGUAAAAUGUUGAAGAAAAACCUUUGUAGAAAGGAGGACAACAAGAUAGACUGUGGAAAUCGAAAUUAUAUGGAACUGACGAAGACUGACGGUUAUUGUCGGUGUGAUGCAAGGAAUGGGUAUGCUGCGCGGUCACCAAAAAUGUGUUUGUAUGAAUAUGAAGUUUGCUUCGUGAAGAAAUGUCCAGAAGGCAUGGAGCUGUUAUUAAAUUACACAUGUGGUAUGCUAUGUCCUACUGGAUAUGCGAGACAACCAGCAUCAGAUAUAUGUACAAAGGUGUCAGUAACACGACCCUUUACCUCCGACAGACCUGAACUACAUUUUACCGACGUACAAACGACUUCUAUAAGAACAUCAGAUGCACCAUCAACAAAUGAGCAACUUUAUAAGCAGAUCAUCAUACCGAUUUGUCUGUCUGUAUUUGUGAUCACAAUACCACUGUCUGUAUUUGUGAUCACAAAACUAUUCAGAAGGCAGUAUAAAGGAUCUGAAUCGCAGAAUUCAAACGAACCAGAUGGUAAAGGGACAACAAACCGUGAGCAUACAUCUCCAGCAAAUGCAACGUCGUCUCCCGCUAUUCCUGUGGAUGGAGACAGUGGUGCACAAGUCACCGCGACGGCCGUAAUUGAAACCAAAGACAUCUCUGGCGUGGGUCCUAUGGAAGAUAAAGUAGAAUCCGAACCGAUUGCGAUAGCAACACCUAAAAACCAAAACACUUCAGCUGCUAUUCCUGUGGAUGGAGACAGUGGUGAACAAGUCACCGCGACGGCCGUAAUUGAAACCCAACACAUCCCUGCCGCUAUUCCUGUGGAUGGAGACAGUGGUGCACAACUCACCGCGACGGCCGUAAUUGAAACCCAAGACAUCCCUGGCGCGGGUCCUAUGAAAGAUAAAGUAGAAUCCAAACCAAAUGCGACAGAAACACCUGAAAACAAAAACACUUCAGUCCGUGCUAAACCUUCACACGACAUCUCUACCGCAGAAUCGGACAACGAAGGUUUGCCUUUGCAGAAACGGUGUGCGGAUGUGUACAUGGGUUACCAAAGUUUACCUCAGGAAGAAUUCAUCAACAUAGGCGCCUUUAUGUUCGAUACUUUAAAGGAUCUGACACUAAUUGAACCAACCUCGUGGGCAACGAUUCAUGCAAUACAUGUCGACGGAUUUGUGCCAUAUGCAAUAUCUGAAAAGAACAUCACCAAUCUAUACGAACUUUUUAGUCAUCUUAUUUGUGGAAACGAUCAAUUGAAGUGCACUCUUCAAUGUGCAGCUGCACGUUUUGGAAUUAAAUAUUUUGGAAUGUAUCUUAAACAGUUAACAGAAGCGUUUGAACAAUCCAAAACCCAAUUUAUUGACGCUAAAAUAUUCUUUGAAAUUCACGGCAUCUACAUUGAAGAAUUUCAAUUGACUGAGAAAAGUGUAACCCAAAAUCUGGAUAAGCUCUUGCAAGAAAUAUUCGUUACUGAGAUUACUGGUCCUUUUCAUGCCGAAUUAUUGGGUGGCGUUUUGGAUUGCAACAUUAUCCAGCAUUUUGAGAAUAAUCGUUUUUACGAUCGAGAUGUCAGGACGAUAACCGGCCUUAAUGUAAAUGCAGAAUCCAGAAAACGAGAACUGCACAUUUACUGGGGGAAGGCAGCCAAAAAUGAACAUAGUUAUUGUUUGAUCCCAUUGUUUAAAAAAGACGACCAAACAUUUACUCAAAAUACCAACGUUUCUCAAAUAAAGAUAAUAGAAAUGGACAGCCGAAAUUGUAUCGGAGCAAAAAUAGCAGAACAGGAAUCGAACAGCUGGAGACCAUAUUUUGAAACAUUUGAAAAAUCACAGAAUGUUGUGUAUGAGGAGCUACAAAACAUUGAAUUUCUUAAACCUGAUUGUGCUAUGAGAACAAUCGAUGUCCAUGGAUUCAAAGCAUAUAAAAAGCCCAGUGGUGAAUUCUACUCUGUCUACGAAAUGCUAAGCAACUUGCUGUGUGGAGACAACUCAUUAAUUUUCAUUUUACGACUAGCCGCAGCACGAUAUGCAAAGACGCACUUUGAAACAUAUGUUACAGAGCUAACAAAAACCUUUCAUGACUGCUUCGAAGCGAAUGUCUUUUUCAAAGCGCAUGGCAUCACAAUGAACGAACAGAUGACAUGGCCAAUGCACAAAAGAGAGUGUGUGUCUGAUGCAUUUGACAGAUUAGUGCGUGAAGCAGUUCACGACGGGAAAGGCAAUGCCCCGUUUUACGUAGAAUUUUUGAGUGGUGUCUUAAAUCGAAAAAUCAAUCAGCACUUUGAGGGGAAAACAUACGACGGGGAAAAAGUAUAUAAAAUAGCCGGCCUGAACGUGAGCUUAACUGAUGCUUCCAGUGGUUUAGAACUGCACGUUUACUGGAUGAAGUCGAAGGAUCGUGUAAAAAAGAUGUCGUACUGGAUAUUUCCCCUCUUUAAGAGUGUUCUAAAUUGCCCUGGAAUGGAACUGUGUGAACGUAUCUACGCAAUUUUAAAGAAUGAUACCGUAUUUAAGGAAAACACAUGUUUGGAUAUGAUCAACACACGUAAUAUAUUUGAAUUUGAUAAGCUGAAAGAAAAAGGCAUAAUUAAAACGGACAAAUCUUUGAUGCAGACCAUACAAACAAUCAAAGUGGAGGGAUUUACUGCCUAUGGGCUGCCUGGUGAUGAAACCUCGUGCAUGUAUGAGUUCAUGAGUUACAUGCUGUUCGGGAAUGCAGACAUGAAAUACAUCAUGCGUUUGGCUGCGAUGCGUUACGCCCUUCAAAAAUUUUGGCAAUAUGUGAACAAAUUGACAGGUGAGUUUGGAAAGCGCAAAUCUGUCAGCUCGAGAGUUAACGACGCCAAACUGUUUUUUAAAACACAUAACAUUGAGUAUAAAGAAACUGAGUCGUCAUCGAUGGAAAAGUGUGUUCUUUUGUCAUUUACUGAUCUUGUUCGUGAAAUUGCCAAUACAGGACAAGGACCAUUUUACGUGGAAUUUUUGCGUGGUGCUCUUAACUGCAAAAUUAAGCAAUUCUUUGAUUUCGGAUUAUUCAAACGAACACUUUCGGAAAUAUCCGGUUGUAAUGUAACCUUGACAACCAGUUCACCACCUGGACGAGAACUUCAUAUUUAUCGGAAGAAGACGUUUAAGGUUCACGGUGGUCAAACAAACCAUUAUAAAAUAGUACCUCUGCUUAAAAACGAGGAUCGCAGUAAAACUGAUAUUUAA